AUGAAAUACGCAACAAAACCACCGAGCAGCAGACUAACACUCCCAAUAAUGCUCACAGUGAGCAGCCUAGCCAAGCUCUUCUACCGCUAUGGCACUAGAUCGCUGCGUGUGCGAGGGGCAGACAAGCUCAACGCAGCGCUAUCGAGUGAUCGCGGUGUAUUGACGAUAACGAAUCACAGAGCAGUCGGAGAAGAUCCACUAUGGCCAGCUAUACUUCCACUAUCCACACUCGUCAAACCGAAAUGGAGGCGGUGGACUUUAGGCGCGUCCGAUGUAAUAUUCACCAAUGCUCUCUUCCGGACCUUCUUCCAAGCUGGACAGGUGCUUGAAACGUAUAGAGGGAGUGGUGUGGAUCAAUCUGCCGUGUCUCAUGCGGCCCAGUUGCUCGAUGAAGCCAAGUGGGUGUCCAUGUUCCCCGAAGGCAGGAUUAACGUUCCUCCACCCAAUUUCAAUCCACACAUAACACCCUCACCGCUGCGGCCAUUCAGGUGGGGCGUGGGUAGAGUACUCACGCUCACAGAGCAUACACCCACCAUCCUCCCUAUACAUCUCACCGGGUUCAAUGACGUGUUUGUCGAUGGUAGACCUUAUACGGCUAUUCCGUCAUUCAACGCUGAUAUUACGGUGGAUGUGGGCGAUCCUAUUCAGUACACGGUAGAUCCUCUCCUAAAUAGUCUUAGAAAUGGACAAGGCGAUGAAAUUGAAACACGUAAACAAAUCACGGAUAUUCUCCGUCAAGAGCUAGACACAUUUGGUAAAGUUUGUGAUAUUAGGAAUUUUGAUAUGAGCAGGUAA